AUGUGCUGCACCUCUCAUAGUGUUGUGGGUAGAUGUAUGACAAUGUGCCCGGAAGCUGAAACUCAGUUCCGUCUUGCUAAUAACAUGGUCCACGCUCUGGAGAAACUUGACGAUACUUCCGAAAGGUCUAGAGAUAUUCGGCAAAGAAUGGUGAAGGAAUACACACGACCAGCAGCUGGCUCCGAUCAUCUGAAUCCGGAUAUCCUACGACCUCCUAAGAUACUCCUUUUAACCGUCCGUUACCUCUUGGAUAUCUAUGAAAGUGAAAAGCUAAAGCAAUUCAAUUCGGUGUAUUCGUUUGUUUGUGAUCGCUUCCGAGCUGUUCGGCAGGACAUGAUUCUCCAAAAUGUCUCUGCAGCAGAAACGUUGCUACUUCUUGACGAAAUGAUACCUUUCUACGUGGAAACUGAUUAUAAGUGCCAAACGGAAAAGUGUGAAGCUUACGACUGGAAACUUCAUUCCACUCAACUAGAAGAGUGCCUUUCAAGGUGGGCAGAAGCGGCAGCCAUCGUACCCCAUGGAUGUGUGAGUGAUCGCACUUUAAGUGCUUAUAUCCUUCACGGAAUUUCAGAUCCGACAUCUCUGUUGGACCUCUACGCUUGGAAGAGCUACCUCACUCGUGACGUAUUCCAUAUCCUCCACGACAUCAUCAUUGCCUUUCGCAGCAACAACUACGUCAGAUUCUUCCGUCGGCUAGCAGAGUUGCCUUCCGACGUCAUAGCUGUUGCAGCUGUGGAGGCAGUACGAAUGCUGCGGCUCCGAGCGCUGCGGACGAUCUCCGCUGCUUACAAAUCCCCCGGUCUCAAAAUCUCGAGGAGCGUCUUAGCAAGAUGGCUUCGUCAUGACGACAUUUCCGGCUUGCUUUCUUGUUUUGGAAUUCCAUGCUCAGAAUCUAUUCAAAUUUCGUCUAUAGUUGUGAAUAAUGCUCUAAGUGAUGACGCCAAAAGGCUGAUGUCCGUGAUGGCCAUCAUGAAUGGAGUAAUAAUGAUUUCUGAUAUCGCUUGGAUUCAAAGAGGAGUGGCUAAGAAAACUCCGGACAAAGUCAAGCUAAACGAAGAGCAAAUGAGGCAGCUCAUAGAAGGAAGUGCUCCUGACACAUCAGAUGUGGAAAGCGAUAACGACGGUGAGGCUGAAGCCAAGCGUGAACCAGGUGUUCGUGGAUCCGCAGCAAAUGAGGGGACGGAUAACUGCGAAGAAACAGAAAUGGCGGAGGCAAAAGAAGAGGAUGAGGCGAAGCCUGAAAGCGGGAUGAGAGGGAUUGCUAUGUAUGCAUCAAAUGCUGAUGAUCCGUACGUAACGCUACACGUUGAUAGUGAUGAAGAGGAGAAGGAGGAAAUUGAAAUUAACCCUGACGACAAUUUAGUAGUGCUGGCGAAAAUUGAUAGGGACAACUAUACUUUGGAUGUUUUCCUGUAUAAUGAAGAAAACGAGGACUGGUAUUGUCAUCACGAUUAUAUUCUAGAUGCACCCCCUUUAUGUCUUGAACCGAUCCAACAUGACCCUGGAAAUGAUGAAACUGGGAAGGGUAAUCUUAUUUCUGUCGGUACAAUGGAACCUGUGAUCAACAUAUGGGAUCUAGAUAUAAUGAACUCUGUUGAACCAGUUGUAUCCCUAGGAUCCAAGAGUAAAGGUCGGCGAAGGAAGCGCGAUGGAAGUCAACAAGGUCACUCAGAUGCUGUCCUUGGACUUGCGUGGAAUAGGAUCACAACCCAUGUUCUAGCGAGUGGAGGUGCCGACAAACAAAUCAUUUUGUGGGAUUUGGACGAAGCCAAGGCAGCUCAAAUAAUCCCGGAGCGCGAUGGGGAGGUACAAGCUCUUUCAUGGCAUCCAGCCGAAGCAUCUUUCAUACUCACGGGUACUCUUGGUGGAACUGUAGAGGUUAUUGAUUGUCGAGAAAACAGUGGCUCAUCUUCAGCUAUGUGGAAUCUUGGUGCUCAGGUGGAACAAGUGAGGUGGAACCAUUUCAAUCCAUUCUCGGCUUUCGUUGCAACAGAUGACGGAACCCUUCGCCACAUCGAUAUGAGGAAACCUGGAGAAAUACUUUGGGAAGGACAUGCCCAUGACGGCAGUGUUGGAGGUUUGACACUCUCUGCCACUGUGCGUGGUCUAUUAGUCACCGUUGGUCAUGACCAGAUGUUAUGCGUUUGGAAGGUGCAAGACGACGGAUCUAUUGCAAAAGUACAUUCUGAAAUGCAACACGUUGGUCCAUUACAUGCCGCCCAAUUCAAUCCAGACGUAGCCACUGUGUGUUGUAUUGGAGGCUCAUUGAACGACCUAGUUAAAUUGGUUGAUGUCGGUAAGAAAGAAAGCGUUUUGAAAGCUUUUUCUUGA